AUGCCUUCAGCUGCGGAGCGCCCGCGCUCCCAAGAGGCCUUGCUCCGGCUUGAAAAGGGUACUGCCUCACCAACCACCCAGCUUAAUGAGGCUGCCCAGAUCAUCGGUCUCGAUCUUACAUUGUGCGCCAGCCAUCCGGAAAUCAACAGAGCCUCUCAGAUUCAAAACAAUGCCGCCCCGAAGGAAGAAUGGGUACUCCGGUGGUUAUUAAAGAAAUUGAAGACGGGGAAGAAUUACCGCGUCGAACCUGCGUCUUUUCUCCUUUUGCGACAACUAAUUGAUCUUAUCCCACCAAAGACGCUUGCAACAAUACUGAAGGACCAGAGAUUCCUUGUGACUUUGAACGAUGCCGUCACCGACUUGGAGGAGGAUGUAUUUACCGGUCUUGAAAAUGGAGCAACUGAAUUUUUGCGCUCGGGCUCGGAAUCAAGCCAUACGUUGGACGGAUCGCCAGAUCAGAGUGGGAAAUGGGACAAGAAGGGCACAAAGAGGAAGAGGGCCAGGGAUCAGGACGCCAUGGAUAUCGAUGAACAGCAACAACCGCAAACGCCUACAUCAUGUUUCUUGGCUUUCAUGCGCGCUUUGGACUGUCUAUACAGCCUGGUGAUGCUGGCAAAUCGCACAGUUAGUCUGGAUGAAGCGGCCAGCUCUCAUCUGAAGCAUGCUUUAAGGGGUGAGCCUGAAUCAGUCGCCAUGUUGCUGGGCCGAUCGUUCAAGGUAGCUGCCGUGGCCACCACACAGUUCUUCAAUGGACAGAAUACCACGGAUUUACAGCAUUUGCUUUACGUGAUUCCGGCUAUCUUGGAAGUGUGGGAGCUGAGAUCCUACCGCCGAGAUGACUCGGACAAUAAGUCCAGCAACGAGUCAUUUUCCAAAUACUGUUUCCAGCAUGCCCUGAGACUUCAGCUUUGCAUACGCUCGACUCGACUUGACACUGAUGAAAGAGCUCAAGUGCUUAACGGCGUUGAACGCCUAAUUGCCCUUCACGUAGUGCUCCCAGCACGUGCGGGGUUCUUCAGCCGAGGAGGUUCAGGUAUUGAUUAUUCUAAAGAUGAACCAGAUUGGAACCCUGUCAAACCUAUCUCCGAGACCUUCAGACCUAUUCUUUGCCAAUCAUCUCAUACGACCGCCGGCGAAACUGCAGCAAAUGUGGGGAGAGGGAACUUUUGGAAAACGGCCGAGCUUUUACCCGAGUUCUUUAACACAACAUGCCGGUCCGUUCCUCGAGAUACAUUCCGUCGACAAACCCAUGAAGGCCCCUGGUUAGAGACUCUGUUUGUUGCUGUUGCGGAGCUGGCAUACUCCAUCGUUAAGGAAGAAAGCACAUCCAACUACUUUCCCGAGUUUGUUGGCGUCUUGGAACGGCUCUUCCGUGUGGCCCUCGACCGCAAAGUUAAUCUUUCUCUACACACCUUACUCACACACGCAGCCUACACGGGUCUUCUUAAGAACGAUCUUUCGCAGGUGGAAUGGGGGUUGACAGCGUUGCUGGUUGAACUUGGCGUCGAUAUCUUCCUGCCCAACUCUGGCUUGAACGACUCCGGAAAGCUACUAAACGCACUACUUGAAAAAAUCUUGCUGCACUGGCGCAGCGGCACCUCCCACAAGGAUGAAAAUUAUGAAACUAUCAAAUGUGGAAUCGUGGUGCCUUUGCUGCGUGGGUUCACGGCUGCAAGAGACUUGCCUGGAUUCAUGCAGCUCUGGUACGAACAAUUGAUUUUGGUGGAAGAGGCACGCUCCCAAGAUAGCAAUCUGGGUGGUUUCUCUAUCUGGGAAGACGAUGAUGUCUGCAACGUUUACAGUGAAUUGAUGCGAAGCCCUCUCACUGAAGUCCAUGCUGCUGCCCAGUUACGAGCCGCUGCAACCGAGAUCAAGGAUCAGGAUGACUCGGUCUCUAAUUCACCCCGCGCCUAUGCUCAGUUUGUGAUACUAGAAGCUGGCAUUAGAAGCCGGGCAACUUACUUUGAAGAUGCAGGGGAGGCCUUGCAGUCUGUCACCGAAACCCUAAAUUUGACGUUGUCCUCGAAACAAAGCCUUCAUUGGCGGUGGCGCUUGUGGAGGUUUGCUCGGAAUUUGCUCGAUAACAAUGUGCAAUCAACAGAUAACGCUCUAGGUGAAACAAUUACAAACCUUGAUGGCGCUGCUGUAAAGUCCAUUCAGCGCCAUCGCAAAGAUAAGAUGAAAAAGCCACGCGCCCCGUUGGAGUCUUUUGAGGCAUAUCGAUUCGCACUGGCUACUGUCCAAGAUUCCACCAAAACCAGUCAUUCAGAGAAGUUCAAUUCAUUGACUAGUGAGGUUAUGGAGUUCAUCAAGUCAAUUUCCAAAGAAGACGCAUCGAAAUCAAAGAAGUCGCCAUGGAAUGGUCGCAUUGAGACUCUUGAUUCCCCUAUCUGUCUUGCUUUGGGCUACUUCCUUACGCUGGUUAGAAGCCCAGACGUCUGGCAUCACGUUCAAUCAGAAACUCGACGCGCGCUUUUUGAACACAUGCUGUCUUUGGCGGCUUCACAGUACCGUUCACCUUCGUCAACCUUGGACAGCGCCCCUUCGAAUGUGAGAUUCCUUCAAGCUUGGGCCAGUGUGGUCUGCCAUGAAUACCUUCUCAACGCUCCGGUGAUCGCUGGUGACCUGCUUAUUGUGUUAUCGGAAUGUAUCAAAUCCGACAUUUCUAACCGGGAACUAUACAUUGAGAGCCUUCAGCGUAUCCCCGCUCCGUUGAUUACACGCCGACAAAGGGGUAUUCUACUUGAUUUACUGCAGGAUGUGAUUCUGCGGGAAGAUAGCAGUCCAGAUGUGGUCGUCGGAAUGCUGUCUUUGAUGGCCAAGUUGGCCGAUAUGCCCAAGUCCACUGCCGCAUUGACUGGGGAUUGGGAACCUGUCUGGAAAACCGCCAAAGCCGUCACGUUGCAAGGCACAGAUGUUGACCUCCAGGUUAUGAAAGCGUUCAGAAACUUGCAUCGAUCGGUCAUUGCUAAGUUGCUGGUUUUGUCCGAAGAAGAGCGCCAGAAACUGUUCAAGAAAAUGUACCGCAAGGUCUCAUCGAAGGUGUCCAAGUUGAAAUCGAUGGAGCGCGAUUCGAUGGACUGCUUCUUCUUGAGGAUUUCUCUCUCGCAACUAUGGAUGCAUCGUACACAACUGUCAAGUGCCUUUGACGAGGCGGAGCUCGCUGCCUGUCGCCAAAGAGUCUUUGAAUUGGUAGUGGCCGAUGUGAAAUCCGUCAAGGAUCAAUGCAAGAAGCAAAAGUUAGAAGAAACAAUUACACUGAUCAAGACGCUGGACGCACUGGAAGAUUUCGAGGAUCUGGCAACUGACAACGUGGAAGUGGAGAAGUUUCUGUUCAAGAUUGAGAGCUAUGUUGAGAAGUCAAUCGACUCUGGGUCGUCAUUGCGAAGGCUCAUCAGACGUCGAGUUCUCGCGGGUCGAGGGCCUGAAAAAAACGUCACCUUGCCUGUGAUGCAGUUUGCAGAGACACUCCCGGUUCAGCAUUUGUAUAGUGAAGAGCAGCGACUUUUUAUCCGCGCAACGAUGGAACGAUUUCGAUCGAUGACGGUGGAGAGUUUGACUGGCGUUCUUGCGGAACUUAGAGGGUUAGGAUUUGUUGGGGAAAAUGCUGAAUAUCGUCUGCUUGUUGCUGGUCUGGCUGUGGCAUCGCUGGCGCCCGUUGAAGACAAAGAGAGCGAUACGGCGGUAGAGCUUUCACUUCUUUGUACGGAUGUCACGGAAUCUAUACCACGCUGCAAAUCGAUCGAGCAAUUUACGCUGGCCACGGAAUGUUUGGACGUGCUUCUCCGCAACCAGACACGCUGUAUUGGUCAGUGGAAUAUCGAUAGUAUCCUGGCCUGCCUCGCAAACUGCGCUUCCAAAUCCGGUCCCCGCAUCCAUACUGAGUUCGCAGGAACCGUCUACAUCCGCCUGUGUCGUCUGAUGGGUGUUCUACUUGGUAUUCAUCGUCAGAAACUCGGAGGCCGAUUCCACUUGAUCCUUUUGGCCAUGCAGCGAUUGUUGAAUUGCCUGUUUGCGCGCUCCAAGAAACGGAGUCGAUCGAUGCGAUCGGAGAAGGGAGCAGGCCAGAACCAGCCGUACUGGCUUGCGCCAUUAGAGGCGUCGCAUGCGGUGCACUUUACACGACUGCUCACCUCACUCUGCGACCCGACUGUGUCUGCUGUGUCACGGCCUACGCAGGCAGGAGCAGGCCACGAAGGCCUGACGGAUCAGACCAAAAAAGCGAAACGGAUUGCUGGCCAGUAUCUGCAGUACUUGAUCAUGGAGUACGCGCAAAGCUCUCUCCGCGGCUCUCUCACGCCGGAAGUCAAGGCGGCUCUUCUUCCAGGACUGUAUAGCGUGUUGGAUGUGAUGUCGCGCGACACGAUGCGGGCGAUGAAUGCGGGUCUGGACAUGUCAGGACGGGCAAUAUUCAAGGGAUUGUACGAUGACUAUAUGAAGUUUGGGAAAUGGAACAAGGGGUGA